AUGUCUAACCACAGAACAGGGACUUGGAGCCAAACGGCCGGUACACCUUAUGACUUCAUUCUGGAGGGGACCAACCAGGAUUUCGACGAAGUUACAGCGCUGGUCGACAGCGACGAUCUGUUCACAAGAACUGCGCCUGUUGACAAGGAGACAACGUCCUACGUAUUUACCGCCUACACCCAUGACGCCGGGGCAGGAACUCUUCGUCGGGAGGCUGUGACUGCAGUUCGACAGCCACCUCCGGGGGAACGGGAGAUGUAUGACGUCGCCUCUGAGGCUAGCACCCAGCUGGACAAGGCGAUCACUUGUAACCUCUACGGCGACACCACACACAACAGCGCGCUGAUCAAUUCCUGCUUCUCAGACCACAGCGUGGAGGGUUUGAAGGAGGAAGAGAGGACUAUAUAUUCGAAGCUUAUGGCCAAAGAUGAAGGGCAGUAUAAAGGCGUUCAGCUCUUGCAAUUGGACGCAGGCACGAUGAGGGAUCUGAUGGUGGUGUUGAAUGAUCGAACCACUGAAAGAUGA